AUGUUAUUCUCACCAAGAAGAUGUUUGCGACCAAUUUCGGGUAGAAUACAUAAUUUAAUAUUAUCAUCAUUUUUAUCAUCAACUAUAGCCAACAAAUUUCUAAAAGAAUUUUGGAUUACAUGUUCAUUAUAUGGAUUUCAAGAUUCAUUAUUAUUUCAACCAAACGAGCCAGAUACAUCUCGAACCGUUGUUAUGUCGCCAGAUAGCAUGGGUUUACCAUUUGAAACAGUCACAAUUGAAACGCCAGAUAAUGAAAAACUACAUGGAUAUCUUAUUAAACAACAACAUCGCUACAGUGAGAAAGACACAAUGAUAUUUUUUCAUGGAAAUGCUGGUAAUAUUGGCCAUAGACUUCAAAAUGCUCAGAUAUUAUAUAGAAGUUGUGAUAUUAAUAUUUUAUUAUUUGAUUAUCGUGGAUAUGGAAAAUCUACUGGUACACCAUCUGAAAUGGGUUUAUAUACGGAUGCUCAAGCUGUAUACGAUUUUGUACGAAAACGAGAAGAUUUAAAUCAAGAGAAAAUAUUUUUAUUUGGUCGAUCUCUUGGAGGCGCUGUUGCAUUUCAUCUUGCGUCUGAGCUCGGACAAAUGAAUUCAGUGCCGCCAUUAUCAUGUGUUAUGGUCGAAAAUACAUUUACUAGUAUACCUGAGAUGGCUAAACGUUUAUUUCAAGUGUUUGUAUUAGAUUAUGUACCAAAUUGGUGUUAUAAAAAUGUUUUUUCUUCAUUAUCAAAAAUACGCCAUAUCAAAGUUCCCGUUUUAUUUCUGUCUGGUGGACAGGAUGAACUUGUGCCAACUAUCAUGAUGCAAAAAUUAUUUGAAGAAUGUAAAAGUCAAAAAAAAUAUUUUCAUAAUUUUCCAGAUGGUAUGCAUAAUACCACAUGGUUAGCAAGCGAUUAUUCACAAAUUAUACGAAAAUUUCUUAUUGAUUGUAACAAUGAACGUUCUCGCCAUUCAUCGUCGUCAGAUCACAAAGGCAUAGAUAUUCAAAAUUUUCUUCAACAAGAUAGCUGA